ACCCAUCUUUUGCCAGAACUUAACCCAGACACAUAUAAAGAGUACCAUGAAGCUCCAUAUUCUCCUAGUUAUCAUGCUUGCCUAUGUGGCUGUGAGGAUUCUGCCUGUACUGGGAGGCAUCAGGACAAAACAUACCUCUAAAACAUUGGAAGUCAAGCAGUGCUGGGUACAGCCUCCACUAGAGUUUUGUGACAAAAAGUGCUCUAAAUAUAACUUCUGUGUAUUUUAUAACCACACAUGCUGUUGGACCUACUGUGGGAACAUCUGCUUGCACAAUGAAAGCUGUGAUCCUGAACAAAAGACUACACUCAUCCAAAUCUGGUGAAAGAAACAGGCAGCAAAAGGCCAUGCCCUACUGUCUCCAAAUAGAGGUUUGCACUCACUCGGAA